GGCGCUCCGCCAGCAGGAGCCGAAGUGGGGGGUGGGAGUGCCGCACGGGCCUGGGCAGGGUGAUGGGGCGCCGGGUCCGCGGGCUUCUCCCCCGCCGCCAUGAUGCUACUGAGCAGGAAGCCGGAGGGGCCUCUCACGGCAGGUUUGGAGAUGGCUUGUACGAUUCCUAUAUGAGAAUAGAUCAAAUGAGGUAUUCUGAUCCUACAAGUGAAGACUGCAGCCCUUCUGGACUUCCUUCACUGGUGAGACCUACUGUGACGGGUAACAAAGUCACAAUGAAAGAUCAUCUUUUGACUGGGAGCCAAGUCAAAGUUGAGCAGUUAUUUGAAGACCCUGGCAAUCGAAGGAGCAGUACCCUCCAGUCAUCUGGAAUAAAUGGCUCUGAGAGGUCCUUUCCCACUCCGGCAAAAGAGAAAAGCAUAGACAACAUAAGUACCACCAAAAAUAGUGGGAGCUCAUCUAAAGCACAGAAAACUGGUGGUCAGUCUCCAGAUCAAGUGCUGAAGCAAUACAAACACCAGUUAACAGCCUAUGAGCAGCAAGAGAUAUAUAACUUUUCUGACAUUUAUUUUGUGGGUCCAAAUGCAAAGAAGAGGCAAGGAGUCAUUGGUGGCCCCAGCAAUGGUGGCUAUGAUGAUGAACAAGGCAGCUAUAUUCAUGUGCCUCAUGACCAUCUAGCCUAUCGAUAUGAAGUACUUAAAAUAAUUGGAAAAGGCAGUUUUGGCCAAGUAGCUAAAGUUUAUGACCACAAGCACCACCAGCAUUUGGCCUUAAAAAUGGUACGAAACGAGAAGAGAUUUCAUCGCCAAGCAGCAGAAGAAAUCCGGAUCUUGGAGCAUCUUAAAAAACAGGAUAAAACUGGCAGCAUGAAUGUUAUCCACAUGCUGGAGAGUUUUACCUUUCGGAAUCACAUAUGUAUGACUUUUGAGCUCUUGAGCAUGAACCUGUAUGAGCUGAUUAAAAGAAACAAGUUUCAAGGCUUCAGUGUACAACUUGUGCGCAAGUUUGCCCACUCCAUACUGCAGUGUUUGGAGGGUCUUUAUAAAAACAAAAUAAUACACUGUGAUCUGAAGCCUGAGAAUAUUCUUCUAAAGCAGCAAGGGCGAAGUGGAAUCAAAGUGAUUGAUUUUGGGUCAAGCUGUUUUGAGCACCAAAGAGUCUAUACUUAUAUCCAGUCUCGAUUCUACAGAGCCCCUGAAGUCAUUCUGGGAAGCCGUUAUGGGAUGCCCAUAGACAUGUGGAGUUUUGGCUGUAUUCUGGUGGAACUGUUGACUGGUUACCCUCUCUUUCCUGGAGAAGAUGAGGGUGACCAGCUAGCUUGUAUGAUGGAGCUCCUUGGAAUGCCACCACAGAAGCUGCUGGAUGCGUCCAAACGAGCCAAGAACUUCAUAAACUCAAAAGGUCAUCCUCGCUAUUGCACUGUAACAACACAGUCAGAUGGAAAAAUGACCCUCAGUGGUGGCAGAUCACGUAGAGGGAAAAUGCGUGGUGCUCCUGGCAACAAGGACUGGGUCACAGCAUUAAAAGGCUGUGAUGAUGCUUUGUUUAUAGAAUUCUUAAAAGAAUGUCUUAACUGGGAUCCUUCUGCACGAAUGACUCCUACCCAAGCUUUAAGACAUCCUUGGAUCUGUAAACGAAUACCAAAACCACCCAGCAUGGAUAAAACACCAGGCAAACGGAUUGCUCAUUAUACAAGCUCUUUCACAGGGAUAGGUUCCAGAUUACCCCCAGUUGUUGGGGUGGCCAACAAGCUGAGAGCUAAUCUAAUGUCUGACUCAAAUGCCAGUAUACCUCUAUGUACUGUGCUACCAAAACUGGUCAGCUAAUAGAAAGUUAUGUAUUCCCAGAAUACACACCCUGUGUUUUUAAUUAUCUCUUUGAAACCUAUAAAAUGACUAAAUGCAGAGGUCUUUAAAAAAAGAUUUAAUUUUUACUGAACACUGAAUCUUGUAUAGAAACUGAAUCAAAACACAAGCAUUUUAUUUUAAGGGCUAUGAUUGUUUUAUCAAGUUGUUUCAGCUGGAAUGUGGUGCUUGUUACGUCACUUUUGGUAGGUCAGCACAUUUGCUUAUUUGAUGAGGUUACGCUUUGUGUAACGGAUGGAUUUUAUAGUGCUGUUGUAAUAAAACUCAAAACCCACUUAUCAUGUG